UUGUUGGCACUGAAGCUCCUACCGGCAUCAUGACAAUUGUGCUCAACGUGACACUGCUAAGUGGACGCAGCUUCUCCAUUGCAGCCUCGCCAGAGAGCAAAAUACAAGAGUUGAGAUGGCAGGUGCAGAAGGAGAGAGGCAUCUCCAUCCGACAGUUUGUGGCCCAUGGUCACGCCUUGGCAGCAGGGACUCUGGAUGAGAACGGCCUCAAAGACGGCGAGGAUUUACUGGCUGUCCUUGGCAGCGCACAGCUUGUGGCAAGUCGGCAUUGUGAUGACUUUGCCUUGAUAAAGGCUGAUGGCACAGUGCAUGCAUGGGGUCGCUGGAGAAUCGAUGGACCCUUCCAGAGGAAGCUGGUCGAUGUUCAGCACAUCACUGCCAACAAAGCAGCUGUGGCUGCCAUCGUCUCGAACGGUGAGGUCGUGACGUGGGGCAGCGAUGGCUCCGGAGGGAAUUCCUACACGGUCGCUGCGCAACUGUUUCAGAUCCAGGAAGUGGUGGCCACGAUUCAUGCCUUUGCAGCAAGACGGGCAGAUGGCAAAGUCAUUUCUUGGGGAUGGCCGAACUAUGGAGGCGAUUCCGAAGAGGCAGAGCAGACGCAGCAAACCCAGUGGUUCAUCAUGCCGCCAGCGGCCUUUCCCCAGGUCCAAGAGCAGCUGGUGAACGUCCAAUCCGUGACCGCUUCCAAGUACUCCUUUGCCGCCUUGAAAUCCGAUGGCACGGUGGUGACCUGGGGUGAAGGUGCUUGUGGCGGGGACAGCAGCGCCGUGCAGGAGGAGCUGCAGGACAUCAAAGUCAUUGUCGCAACAGCCCGUGCUUUUUCUGCCCUGCGCGGAGAUGGUCGAGUGAUUACUUGGGGCAGAGUGGUGUCUGGUGGAGAAAGCAGAGCUGUCCAGCUGGAGGACAUUCAUCAGAUUUGCGCUUCGCGGAAUGCCUUUUCGGCCGUGAAACACGAUGGAACCCUGGUGACAUGGGGAAAACUGGCAGGUGUUGUACCACCAGCCUUGCCACACCACUGCUGUGAGCUCGUAGCGUCCGACGGUGCCUUUGCCGCUUGCUUGGCGGAGGGUUCCGUCGUGGCCUGGGGCGACCCCCGCUACGGCGGCGCUCCGACGGCGACGACGGCGGCGGAGCUCCGAGAUGUGACCCAACUUUGUGCCUCCAACUACGCCUUCACUGCUUUGCGAGCGGAUGGCACGGUCGUCUCCUGGGGCCAUGGACAAGCUGACCGCCAAGUUGAAGAGGUCGUGAGAGGAUUGGUCGAAGUUCGGCAGGUGGUGGGUAGUGCAAGUGGCUUUGCUGUCCUGAAGCAAGAUGACUCCGUGGUGAUGUGGUGAGCUACGUGGGAUCGGUCAGAUCGCGACGGUGCGACGGUUCUAUAUGCACGAUCGGUGCACCCAGAAGGAUCGAAUGGCUAGUACAGAUAGCGUGCCACCCUGUGACUUGUGGUUCUGCUUCUUACCAACACGUGUGUGGCCCAACUUGCGUGGCUCAUGCAAGUUUUUAGCUGCGUCCGUUAGCUGCAGACUUUGUACAGUGCAAACAUGCAGGGCACAUGCCACCCUUGUCCGAUCGUUGUAGAUCGGAAGCAAGCAAGAGAUGCUCACAGGGAA